UUAAAAAUGGCAUCUCCUAAAAAUCGUGAAAAUUUAGCCCCAGCUACAAAGACAGAGUUUGACGUGAAAAGCUUUAUAGCACCCCUCCAGCCAAACAUGAUCCGGAAGAGAAGGAUGUCGAGGAAAAGUAUUGGUGAACCCUUCAAAAACCCCAGAUUCUCUUAUUCACAGAAACAAGUCGAUGACAGCAACAAAAGUUUAAGCUCUUCAAAUUCAGUUCUGCUGAAAUAAGGAUAAUGACACUGAGAGAAUGAAGGACUAUAAAUUCAACAGCUACAAAAGGAUGAACAACAGAGUUGGAAGAGAAUUACUCAGGUCGAUUAAGCAGAAAGAUUUUGGAAUCACAAGAAUUGUACCUGAGAAGAGGAUCGAAGAUAAAAUAAAUUAUUAUUACAAACCACACCACAAAUAAAUGCCAUCUUUCCAACCCUGAAGAUAUAGACUAUGAAGAAGCUGAAGCUGGGAAUUGCCUCAAUUUAUCCCAAAAGGCUAGCAAAUAAAUGGAUAGAUAUCGCCAACCUUGUACUUAAGAGUGAUAAAUAAAGAACUUCGGAAAUGCUUGAAGAUGAUGAAAUAUGGGUUAUUCCAAAACUACAAGAAAGUCAAGGAUAUCCAGAGACAAGAUGAAUACAUAAGAAACCAAAAAAUUGAAAUCACUAAGAAAUUAAUGGCUUGAAACAGCAUCAUCGAUUCGAACAAAGAAUGUAUAUUGACAUCCCAUGUUGGAUAUAUUGACCCAGUCAUUCCUAAGUCAGCUAUGGAUGAAGAAAGCUCAGAAGAAGGCAUGACUCAGACCAUUAGGUCUUUCCUAUCUCGUACCAGGAGUAAAAAUAAACAAAAAGAAGUUAUUUUUCAAGUGGCACCAGGUAGCCCUGAGGCAAAGAAAUUAUUCAAAUCUCCAAGAAGCAAGUUUAGGAAGAGAUUCCCUCAGUACAAGUCAAUAAAGCAUUUUAAAAGAUUCUCCAAAUUUCUGAGGGAGAAGCGAAAUUCUUCGAACCUAUUCCACCUCCAUAAAAUGGGCUUAAACUCGAGGAACUUACAUGGAGCAAUUGACUUACCAGGCAUAAGAUCAUGUGAUUCUAAUGAGUUUAAAUUAUUUUUCUCAAGGUCAAGUCUUAGCAAAUAGCUCAAGGGCUUCGAGUAAAGAAAGAAAUCUUACAUCAAGGAGAAUUAAUAAUAUCCUUGUCUCUACUUUCAGCCAAAGAAAUGAACUUGACCGUGUCAGCAGAGAAUCUUCUGCUAAAAAGAAAAAGUGCUCAAAGGAGCAUGUAAAAAUAGAACAAGGAUUAGCUACAGAAAGAAGAGCUCCAAAUAAAAAAUCUGUUAAAUCACCUCUUAAGCUCUCUAAACUACCCAGGCCUCAUCCAGAGAAUGCCAUAAAGGUGCCUAAGAGGUUGAUAAAGCAGCGUUCACCCUCUAACAGCCACAUUCCACGUACAUCCUUAUCUGUGUCCCAUCUGCGUAACAUUUAUUGUCAUCAAAAUAUCAACUUGUAA